AUGCCAUCCAAUGAAUCCUCUACACCGGCCAAUAGGCCUGCCCAAAGAUCCUCGUCUCGGGCAAGUCCAUCGUCCGGCACGGGUCGCAGAAGUCCUCCUCUCGACGGUGACACGAAAUACCAAUACCAACCUCCACGUCUGACCGGACCAGCGAUGUCUUUGGUACCGCGAUUACCGACCCCAGGAAGUCUAUCUGCGUCGGCGUCGGCAAACACCUCGACCAAUUCGUCGCGUGAACCCUCUCCUGUCCGCCUCACUUCUCGCGUAGUCAGCAAUAACCACCAAACCGCCCCAAACCGAUCAGUCUCGCGAACCAAGAACAGUAACAGCCCCAGCCCCAGUCGUGGCGCCAGUGGCACAGGACCUGCUUCUACCCCUACGACGACUGUCUCCUCCACCCUGUCUCCUGCCGCUGUGCAAAAGGCAUUUGCACAACUCGGUAAACCCGACUUACAACGCUCUGCCCUCGCUGACAAGAACCUCGAUGUUUCCGACCCAGACCGUUCGAGUAUGCCACCACCGCCCGCAUCCAGACGGCGAAGUUCCAUCACAAAUGGGUCGAGAAGUCCUUCGCUGGGCAGUACCACUUCCAAACGCUCGGAGACGACGACAGAGUCCCUCGCGAACAUAUCAACAAAAAGGUCGUCAGUCAGCCCAGAAGAGGGCCGGGUGUCUCCAGUAAAAGCUGUCUAUGAAGAUGCCGAGAUCAGCGCCCGUCGUCCCUCUGGAAGGGGUGCUGGCCAGCCCGGAACCACCCUAGAGACAGUGCAAGAGUCUAGUGUACCGUCUACACCUGUUUCGAUGCUAGCAAGCUCCGUUAUCGAGGACGUACCUUCUAGACCUACCGAUGCUGCUCAACAAGCAGUGGAGAGUGGCAGUGAAAGCGGUGGAAAUAAAAGCUCCGGAUCGAAGGAAGAGAAGCGCCGGUCGUCUAUCACAACCCGGCCAACCGGUGCCAUUAUACCGCAAAGAUCCUUCACCUCACUCAACAGCGGCCGAGGUAAACCGAGCGAUGGUUCAGUCCGGAAUAUGAUCGUCGAGACCGAAACUGUCACUUCUAUACCACAGGUGUCGGUGGGUGUUGGUGCUGGAGAACGGGGUAGUUCGACCCGAAACGAUCAAGGAGGUACCAUCAGAAUGAAGACUAGUGUUGAGACUAUUCGCCCCAAAAAGGAAAAGAAAAGGACUGCCCGAAAGCCAGCCAACCCUCCCGGUACAGCUUCCUCGAAGGCCGACAUUUUUGAAGCCAAAGUUGCUAGUGCUAUCGAUGACGCAGAUGUUUCUGAUUCUGACGAAACUUUUGUUUAUGAGUCCAACCCUCCAGAGCCACUGCCGAACCGACGUCGUUAUCAUUCUCGAACCCCAAGUGCAACCUCCAUGGCUAGCCAAGCUGAGCAAUUUGCGAGCCGGUCUCGUCUUGCCGGUAGAGACGGAAAUGGUGUGACGGUGAAGCGAAGCAUGAAAUUUACGAACAAUCAUAACAACAACCUCGACAGCGAUUUGGGAGACAUGGACCAGCGAAGUGUCAGUGGAAGGGGAGAGACUAAUGGACACUCUGGUCGACAUCACCAUAUCGGCCGCCAUGGCAGAGGAGGCGUAUAUCCUUCACUGUUUGAUAGCGACUCUCCAUUUCCUCAAUCUCAACAACAGCCUCGCUCGCCUCGCCAUUAUAUCAGUAAUGGAUUCCGUCAAGGUCGACGAAAUAACAUUCCACGUUCACAUCCAAACUAUCGCACCAUUGGCGGCGGUUCCAAGAGCAUGAGUGACGAGUACGGAGACGACUUCGAUGCUGAUGGUGCCGAUGACGAGCGUACGCCUUUGGUUAGUUCGAAUCGUCUGUCUCGCAACCGCAAUGGUCGCAGACCGGGCAGUGCCAGUAUGCGACAGAUGGAAUAUCUUGAGCAUCGUCAACGAAAUUGCUUCUCUCGAUAUGGAGGAUGCGUUAUCGCGUCAUUUUUGAUACUGAUCCUCAUAGGCGGUGCAGCGACUUUCCUUGUUGGCUUGUUGCGACCUUUAUCCGAUGUGCAGGUCACUAAGCUUUCGAAUGUUCUUGCCUCAGAGCAAGAGAUCAUGCUUGAUGUGCAUGUCAGCGCCGUCAACCCCAAUAUAUUCCCGAUCUCCAUUGCAAACAUGGAUGUCAAUAUCUUCGCGCGAAGUCGAUACGUCGGCAGCGACAAGUUUUGGCGCGAUAACGGUCCACAUCCCCCAGACUUUCCUCGUGUCGAACGUAGCAAUCUUCGGGCUCGACUGGCACAGUUGGUUCGGCUGCCUUCAAGUGGCUCUGAAGUAUCCACCAUGGAUGGUAUAGACCACGGCACAGAACCAAUUCCAUUCCCAGACGACCCGUCUAGCGAUGCUCAGACAAUGCUGCUUGGCCGAGUUUUCAGCUUUGAUUCUCCCGUCAUUCUGGAUCCUUCACCCUGGAGGCGCUAUACUUCUGAAUCUAUCGGAGAUAUUCGUCUACCCAAACCAGGGAACAAGACAGAGGAAGGUGGAACCGAGCGUUGGGAGCGAGUAUUACAGCAUCCGUUUGAACUGAUCGUUCGCGGUGUCUUCAAAUAUUCGCUGCCAUUGACGUCAGGCGAGCGAUCUGCAUCAAUCAGUGCCAGGGUCCAAGUCUUUCCAAACGAAGAUGGUGACGAUGAUGGAGAAGGUGGCGGCGAAGACGGCAACGGCAGCAUCCCGAGCAACGAAACUGUCCGCAUCAAUUCGAAAGAGCAUCUUCGUACUUCUGACACAGAUGAGGGAUACGUCCUAAUCAGUCGAACAUUCUCAUCAUGA